CUCGGUCGGUAGCUGCAUCUCUGUCGGCCGGGAGGAGAGGCGGUCCGCGGCCGCGGCUUGCGCCCCAAUGCUGGCGCGAUUUUCACCGCGCUUCCACGCGAAUCAUUACACGGAGAUAUCGCUCGUUUCCGAACACAUUCGCAAGUUUCCGCGCCGCGCCGCGACCGCACGUUCUCAUUUCAAAUCCACGCUCCAUAUUCCGAUUUUAUUUUUUUUAUUAGUGCUGCCAAUUGUGCUAAUUCGACUGUUUGCCAUAAUAGUGAUGUACUGACUCGACCACUACAUCGGACCGCUGACGUGGAUAGUGCAAUUAAUAACACCAUGUGCAUAUGAACGCGAAUUGCAAUUAACGGAAACUUGCAAAAUAAUACAUCGACGCGAAAUCAAUUAACAAACUUUAACCAGUUUAAUCGUUAGCAAUGGAACUGAAUUACAAAUACAAAUUACAAACACGAUAAUGGGACAUCUAGUUAACGACACGACCAGUGUUCAUUUGAAUUUCUAAACAGAUUCUUAGACAAACAUUUGUAAUUGGACGAUUUACGAAAAAAAAAAAUGGCGAGAUAAGCCGUCGGGGGUAGGGCGCGAAUUUAAUUGAAAUGUCAUCGAGCAGAUGAAAUGAAGACUUCGCUCGAAUGCGAGCGUGCCGAGACCGCCGAAAGCGGCGGGAAAGGCCGGAUAUCUUUUAGCGUGGACUCUCUGCUGGGGGGUAAACAGGACGCUCCGGUGAAGGACACUGUGGCCGACACGAACAGUAAUGACGCGGAGAGUACCGACGCGGCGCCUGAGAGCGACGAGAGUGACGUUGACAUCGAGGAUGUCGACUCGAAUGUUGAUGAUCGGGAAGAGAGAGAGAACGGUCACGAUGGGGAGGAGUUGGAGACGAGAGGCGGAGUGGUGGUGCCACAGCCGCUACUGCCGCGGCUGUACCAGGGCCCGCCGCCGCACUCCUGGCCGUUCGGAGCAUUUCCCUGGAUGGCUCCCAACCCAAUGUUUAGGGGAGGAUCUCCAAACAGUAAAUUGUAA